CGGGUACUGUGUGCAAAGUCAAUUUAGCGGCAAAAAGGAGCAACAGCCAUUGGCAUCAGCAAGUCAUGAGUGCCAGUGAUUGUUGAGGAGACAUAGAGCGGAUUGUAGAAUUCUCAGACAGGUUGUCAAGGUUCCCCUCAAGUCAUGGCGGACGUACCCACGGUGGAGCAGCUGUAUGAAGCGGGCCAGAAGUUGACUGAAUUGAAAGAUGAUGCCAGCAAGCUGGAGGCGGACUACCGCCUCAUUGUGAGUGCUGCCCAGGGGGACAGCAAAACCAAGCAGCUGGCGGCCCAGUUCAUCCCCAAAUUCUUCAAGUCCUUCCCGGGGGUGCAGCUGCAGGCAAUGAGCGCACAGCUCGACCUGUGUGAGGAUGAGGAGUUUGCGGUGCGCGUGCAAGCCAUCCGUGGUUUGCCCCAGAUUGCCAAAGAUGUCCCCGAGUAUCUGCAGAAGUCCGCCGACAUCCUGACUCAGCUCCUGCAAGCCAGUGAGGCCUUGGAGUUGGAGGCCGUCAAGAAGGCGCUGAUGACGAUCCUCCGCCUGGAUGCAAAGACGACCCUGGAGGCCAUUUUUCAGAACCUGGACUCGGCUGAACCGGAGCUCAAGGUACUGGUGCACCAGUUCCUCAAGGACAAGGUGUUCUCCACCCGCCAGGAGUGGAUGAAGGCAGCCAACAAGGCGGAGCUUGAGAAAACGAUCUCCGACCUGGUCACGCAGGCCCUGUCGACCGCCACCCCUGGUGAGGUGCGCGACUUUUUGGAGCUGUUGCUGUCGCUGGACCUGUACUCGCAGCCUGCCGGGAAGGACCACGUGCAAUCCCUACUGGAUGCAGUGGCCAAGAGAGCGGGGCAGCAAGACAACAUCGAUGUGUCUGACGAGGAGGCCCUUCAGAACCUGAUUGCGUUCACGAGCGCCGCUGUGCCACUCUUCAAGGCCGGUGGCACGAGCUCCUCCCUGGUCCACCAGCUGACCCGGGCAGUCCUGCCCAGCUUCGACAAGAUGUUAGCCACGAGCCAGCUUUCCUUCUUGAAGGCCUUGGCUGAGACGUCCGUGUACGUCUCGGGCUCUGACGCCCGGACAGCGCUGCCGGUCCUGCUCGACGUCAUCAAGAAGUUGUUGCCGCGGCGGAAGGACACGGCCUCCGUGACAGAGGACCGACAGUACUUCACGUCCGUGGAAGCGCUCCUCUUCACAUUCCACCAGCUGGCCAACAAGGUGCCGAACGCGACCAACCCGCUGUGCGGGUACAAGAUGGUGACGGGCCAGCCGUCGGACCGGCUGAACGAGGACUUCACGCCGCAGUACACCGAGUUCACGGAGCGGCUGGCCGUGCUGGAGGAGCGCACCAAGAAGCAGCAGAAGGCGCAGACGGAUGCGGCGCAGAAGACGAGCAAGGAGGCCAAGGAAGCCAAGGACGCGGCCGCCAAAAAGGACCUCGACGCCCAGAGCAAGGAGCAGGAGGCCAGCUUGCGGAGCCUCAAGACCGUCAUCGCCCUCACCAAGCCCCUUCACGCGCGUACCCCCAAGUUCAUCUCCCAACCGUGGGUGCUCUCAUGGCACGAAGCGCCUGCCCCCGCCAGUGGUGCAAAGCGAGCCGGCGAAGCUGUUUCCGGGGCGCCAGGAAAGCGGCCGGCGACCGAAUCAAACACAGCCGGAAGGGGAGCCCAAAACGGCGCGCAAAGGGGCCGUGGCCGGGGUGGAGCAGGAACCGGAGGCGGAGGCAGAGGCGGUCAAACAUAUGCAGCGGGAGAGACCCGGGGAGGGAGAGGAGGACGGGGCAACAGAGGGCGAGGGAGGGGGGGCAGAGGCCGAUACUGACUUAACGCAAGACAAUGUGUGGUGCCUUGUCAAAGGCUGUGGAUUUGAGCACGUUGGACGUAAGCCCAAAUGGCGCUCUUCGUCAUGGCUCCUUGCUCUUACUCAGUCUGCUGGGUUAGUGCCACUAUUUGAAAUAUUCUAAUGAAAGAUAUGGUGG